AUGAAGCAACAGCGCGAUAAUAUCGAUUGGCACAAGGUCCGUGAAGAGGAACGUCGAUUGAAGCACGACGUUAUGGCUCACAAUCAUGCUUAUGGAGCUGUGUGCCCAAAAGCAGCUGGAAUAAUCCAUCUCGGAGCAACGUCAUGCUAUGUUCAAGACAACGCUGAUCUUAUUGUUAUUCGUGAAUCUGUCGCAUACCUCUGCUUGACGAGUGGGGUGAUAUCGGUGUAUUUUUAUUUUUAUACAAAGCACACGCGCCAAUGCUUGUGGGUCACUCUCGCCUCUAAACUGGCGCCAUAG